UGCCCGACGCCGAGACGCCCAGCUCCGCACAGACGCCCUCCGACGCCCGCAAGACAUGAAGCCCUCGUGCGCACGAGCCGUGCUGCUGUGGGCGGUGGCCGCCGCCGCCGCCUCCGCCCUCGCCACCGCACUGCCGCCCCCGCAGUGCAGUCCCGGUCUGCUGGAGGAGGUGCCGCCCCGCCUGCGCAAGAUCUGCGCCGCGCUGUCCACCAUCCACGAGCUGUCCAGCGCCAUGGAGACCUACCUGCUGGACGACCGCAGUGGCUUGCCGUUCGGACGCGAGAACAGCCCCCUUCUGGACAGCGGCGUCAAGCGACAAGACGUGGACCACGUGUUCCUCAGGUUCGGCCGGCGCUGAGUGGAACAACGUCCCAACGACCACGUUCCUGGACAUUUCUGUCGUGCUGUUUCCGUCACUCUUGAUACACUCUACUUUGGCUUUCUUCGCUUGCUGCUCAACACACCAACUAAACAUUACAGUUGUGGUUCUUUCUUAUGGUUUACAAAAAAAAAUUACAAUAAAUUACAAAAAUUACACUGUAAUAUUUUUAUACAAGUGUACUAGAUUCACCGAUGUCGUUACAAAAGUAAUGUUUUAAUAUUCAUUUAAAUUUUUGGUCUAAAAAUUUUCACAAACAAAUUAAUGUAACUGUUUCUCUCAAGUGAUUGAAAAUGCUCGUAAAAAAAGUUGUAAAAAGUUAAAAUGUUCAAUUGAAAUAAAUAUAAAUAAUUGAAA